AUGCAGAGGAAUCAAGCAGAAAUCUUGGAUAUGAAAUAUGCAAUUGAAAAUAUGGGCAAUGAGAAUGACCAGUCUGAGGAAAGACUGUCAGAACUUGAAGAUAAUGUUGAUCUCCCUGUCAACUGCCAACGGUCUCCAGCGAGUGGCCGCCAUCUUCGCCGCUGGUGGCACCGUAGCCUUAGCGCAGGCCCUUUGAGGCACUGGCUGGUGUCAUGUCUGCCUCAGGGAAUGAGGACCCGACCCCAAAUGACCCGGAUAGCCCGCUUCCUGGAUCUGGUCCGCUCCCACCUGCAGCGCAUCUACUAUAAGAACCACGUCCUGAUCCACCCCUACUGGAACGCCCUCAUGCUGCAGCCCCGCCCUCCCCGCUCCGCCUCCCACCUCGGCCCCGGCCCAGACCCUGACCCCGGCCCCAGCGAGCUGCCGGUGCUCCACAUGCUCCCCUGGCCCAGGGGCGUGGCGCCGCGCCAGGACGAGGGCCAGGACGAGGACGAGGGCCAACCAGAGGCGGUGGUCUCCAUCCCCGACCUCGAGGAGGGCGACCCCACCGCUGUGCUGGCCUUGACCUCAGAGGAACCAUUGAAGGAGACAGCAAAGAGCAGAGAGCAGAUGGCGGACUCCAAGGGUGAAGAAUGGAUGGAAGCAGUAAGUGAAAAUCUGUUGGAAAACCGGAGAGAUGAUGACGAAGAUGUUGGAGGUGAGGAAGAGAAAGAAGCAAAGGAAGAAAGUGAAAAGGAAAACAAAAAUCAACAAGAACCUGAAAAGGACCCAGACCCAGCAGGUGGUAGCCUGGGAAAAGCCAGUACUUCAGAAGACUAGAAAGAAAAGGAUGAAGAAAGAAUCCGACGUGUCACUCUUUUUCGGUUUUUCAGUGUUUAGCUCAAGGGAAUCUCAUUAACUUCAGCAUUAACUUCAUUCCAAAGUUUAUCAUCCCAAUAUGAUGCCUGACUUUUCUCUUUAUGUGUUACAGAUUCACUGAUAGGAUUUGUUCAAGUUAAAAAUAAGUUUGUUUUAAAUGGCAAAGUGGAACUAUAGGCAGAUCUUUUUGAAAAUAACAUUCAAAUCCGUUUUACCUUUUCUAUCUUCAUUUGAAAUGAAUAACUUUCCAACACUUGGUAAACUUAUUUUAAAUUCUUUUAUUGCAGCAUAGUUAAUUAGAGUGUGAAGUUUAAAUUUUUUUCUAAGGAGAGAGAUGGAUGUCAAGCCUUUCUUUAAAACUAAAUUAUAUGUCAUUUAGCCAUGUAUGGCUACUGAGCAUGUAAAAUGUGACUAGUCUGAUUUGAAAUAUGCUGUGUGAAAAACUAUCUUAAUAACUAAUUGCAUAUUGAUAAUAUAUUAGGUUAAAUAAA